AUGGCUCCAACGAUCCAAUUAUUUAGACGCAAAUCUCCUCUUCAAGAGAAGCUUGCAGAAAUAGUGAAAUUACCACACUCAGUCCUUAUUACCAUUCCCGCUGGAACGCCACCUCCAGGGGUUCAAUCCCUUUCUGAAAACCCAGAUACCCUACAACCGGUCAUCAUAGCAGUUUGUAGUCUCUUCUUUGCUCUUAUGCUUCUGUGUUGUGCGAUUCGUACAUGGACAAAGUUUAUGAUUAUGCGACCUGUGAAACUGCGCUGGAACGAUUUAACUUGGCUUCUUGCCUUGCUCACCUCCAUAACCUGUUAUGUAAUUACCAUGAUAUCUGUCACUGGUCUGGGAACUGUAGGAUUACAUACAUGGGAUUAUUCACUUGCUAGGUUGUUUACCAAUUACAACGGAGUUGGAUUCAUUGUACCUACUUGGAACACCCCUUUGGCUUUUGGGCUCGUAAAACUUACGAUUUGGCUCACUUACAUUGAAAUAUUCACUUCUAUGCGUUGGGUUAGAAUUUCUUGUUAUAUUGGUGCCGCCAUAACCUCUCUUUGGUAUUUCCCAGUGGUCAUUGCUACACUUGUCUGGACAACCCCACCGCGUGGCAAGAAUUUCGUAUACAGUUUAAUUUCGGAUGGAAUAUUUACCACUCAGAAAUUGACUAUUCCUAUAGCAGCUUUUGGCUUAGCAAUUGACGUUUUCCUGUUUGUUAUACCAUUACUCGCAGUAAGUAAAUUACAUAUGGCAACAAAAAAGAAGUUAGGAGUAGGAUUGAUAUUUGCUACUGGAGCAUUAGCCAUUGUUGCUUCAAUUCUGAGUAUCAUUUAUCGUGUUAGACUCAAUCAGAUAUUGGACAACACGUGGGCUUUAGUGCCCGUAUUCAUCUUGACUCUCGCGGAAUUAUUCAUUGGUAUGAUUAUUGCUUGUACUUGGCACAUGUCGAAAUUCUUCCGUACAUACGACCGGCAGUCCGAAAAAUUGGGCUCGAAAAUUGCAUAUCUUUUAUGCUUCAGAUGUGUGAGAAGGUCUAAGGAUAGGAAAGAAUGCGAGAAAUCCGGUAGAGGCAGUGAGGGUUCCGAAACAAACGUGGAAUUAUUCAACACAGAACGAUGUAAGAAGCAACCUAAACUUUAUCCUAAUCUCGACGUUACGAAUUUCAAUGCAACUAUACUUGAAGAAGAUCCUAAUGAAGAUAUUGAGCUUGCGAAUAAGAAUGGAGUAGCGAAUCAUUGA